UCUCAUAUUAAUAGAGCUGAUGGCAAACUAGAGGGAUGGAGAUCAUGGAGUAGCAGCCAGCAGAUCAAACACAAAACUAGGGCUCCAUGGGGAACAUCCUGAGGUGCCUCAUCAGUUGCUUUGACGGAGAAGACCAAGGAAUUAGCGGCGGCAAUGGCCGCGCUGAUCACUUCCCCAACUACAGCUACUCUUCGCCCUCAUCAAGGCUACUCUACUACUACCAGCCUCUGCGUUCGGCUGACCACCAACUGCCAUUGUCACCGCCACCACCGCGACCUAGGCGGCAGCGGCAGCAGCCUCCUCUGGGCUACCGCCAUGGAGUCAGGGUAGAGAAGACCAGCGCCCAGUGUCGCGAUUUCCUAAAACUGGAAUUCACAUCUACGGUUUCAGCAGGACCCAGACAUAACGAUACAUCAUACAGGAAGACACAUCCUAAUCGGUGCAGUGAUGAGAAAGAUAACCAUGUAUUUGUACCGGUACUGACAUGUGGGACCAACCUAUCACCUCUGGCUUCUCAUGGCGCCUCCUCCCUGGAGCGUGACCUGGUCAACCUCGCGGCAACCUCCCGGGUCCCUGAGGGGCUUGCACGGCAUGUUACAUCGUCGUCUAAGGUGGAGCAAGUUACAUGGUAUGUGAAAAUAUUGGCCGCAUACAAGAACACUAAAUGUCCACCCCGGUCAUCGACAGAUGCAGCCACACUAGUUGCUACAGCCCUGAGAGGGAUACAACAAACUAAUUUGGAGGGAGUUCUUGCAUUUUAUGGAUUUCCAAUUCCUCCAACCCCCAAAGAGGCAUCAGAAACAACACAUCCACCAUCGAUACCUAAGGGCGUGCUGUUCGUGCUAAAAACUUUGCCGGUUAAUGCAAAACGCAUAGUAGACGGUGAUGGCUUUACUGCCUAUGUCGACACAGCGAUUCCUAUAGAAGUGUGUGAGGAUUUGGAUGCAGGUGGUCAGGAUCCCAACUCUAGAAGGCAAAAAAGGAAGCAGGAAAGAGCAGAUGAUCUGCAAACAAGUCUCCAAAAUGCUGGGCAUAAGCAGAUUUUCUAUGGGGGCCGUGAGAUCGUUGCAAGACAAUAUGAAAUUAGACUAAGGGGCAUCGAUGCACCGGAGAUGGGCAUGCAGUAUGGAAAGGAGUCGCAAGAUGCACUGGUGAAACUCAUCGCCUGGAAGUGCGUCACACUUCAUGUUUAUGGGCAGGACCAGUUCAAUCGCUUCGUCUGUGAUAUCUACUGUGACAAUGUGUUCGUCCAGGAGCAAAUGCUGGUGAAUGGUCAUGCCUGGCAUUUCAUGACCUACGACAAACGCCCGCAAUUUGCAAAGUGGGAAAAGAUGGCGCAAGAUGCACGUCGAGGGCUUUGGGCGUAUGACAACCCUGAGAAGCCGUGGGAUUGGAGGAAGAAGAAGCGGAAUGCAUCCAAACAUCAACAACUCAGCUCUGUGCUGACGAAGCUGAAUACGGAUGAUCUGAAAUUACAUAUAUAGUUCAAGAAAUGGAUCUGUGCAUGGUCCUUGAACAGCUUGCCGCAAAUGGUUGUGUAUAAAAAUAUUAUAAAAUAAGAAAGGUAUGAUGUACUCUGUGGAACGAAAAUUGUAUUCAUCUGAACAGUGGUAACUUAAUUAGCUUCGACCUGUGUUAUUUCUGCUAUUGAGUUCAAAAUACUACUACAGAAUUGAUUUUUCUCUAUGAGACCCCCUUAUUUUU